UCGUGUAUCAGAUGUAAUACUGCUUCGUACCUCCCCGCACGCAAAAGCUCCAAUCUGAGUCAAAUGACGCUGUGCUGGAUGAUCGCCAGGCUGCUGUCCGAAGUUUCCAGCCGCGUUGAGGUUGAUUGGUGCGCGGAUGCAGGGAGCUGUCCGCGGUGCUGAACCUCAAUCCGCUUAUACCAGCCGGAGCUUCGGUAGCAUAGACAGUCACCAUCUGUAUGCUUACAAGCAUUUUAUUUAACCACUGAGUAAUCUGGACUGGAUUUUUUUUCAACAUGGACAUGUUAUACGGUGUUUUACGGAUGUGCGUAAGGACUGCGCUCCAAACGAACUCGCUGUUUCUGCUACUGAUUAUGGCCAAUUCAUUGAGCCAAACGCGUUGUCAGGAUGAAUCAGCACAAACUCAUAAAGGAGGAGAUUCAGAAUCAACGAGAGAGUUCAUCCCUUUUACCACGAAACAAGUCCCACCAACAGACAUCCAACAGCUCACAACAGACGCUGUACCCAACCUCUCCAACCUGAGAUUGCUCAAACUCAACGCGGCUCUGCUGGCCAAGAGCUUCGAAGGUGAUCAGCAGUUUUUAAAAGAAACGGUACGUACUGUGCCAACUUUCUCUACCUCCCCAUCCAACACUGAACUUGUGGAUCCUGUGCCUCAUGAAGAUGCAACGUUCCUCUCUGACCUCUCCACCACGGCAACUAUGACCUCCGCCACGGCAACCAUGACCACUGCCACUUCUGCAAUCUCAGGCAGUGGCAUCACCGAGACUACACCCGCAUCCGAUACAGGAAUAUCGGAGAAGAUGACGGUUACGACCAGCACAGGUCAGCAGGCAACUUUUACCACGAUAAAAGACAAACUUCAGCAUCAGGGAGAAUUCGACAUGAAAACUACUGUGUCACCAAUGUCUCUUAAGUCAAAUUCACCUGAGAAAACCACAGAAUAUACAUCUGAUACAUUACAAGCUCAGUGCAAUAUGAACUUCAUUGAAGCCGAGGGUUAUAUUAAGAUUCCCCUGGACGUCUCAUUUGAUUCCCGAAUAAAUUGCACCUGCCUGGUUACUGUAUAUCUGGGCUAUGGAGUUGAGAUUCAGGUUUUGAAUGUGAGUCUGGAGGAAGGGGUGGAGGUGUUUUUGGAGGAUCUGGGUAAAUCUGUGCCCUCUGUCCUGGCCAACAGCUCGGUGUUAUCCAGAGGCCUGGUGCUGCGCAGCUCCAGUAACCGAAUCUCUGUGCACUUCAGCAGUGAACAGGCAACAGGACCGAAUUUUUUGCUUUUGCGGUACAAAGCUUUUCCUCUUAGUUGUAUUUCUCCACGGGUUCCUGAUAAUGCCAACAUGUCAGUCACUGAUCUCCAGGUAGGAAGCGUGGCUUAUUUCUUCUGUCUGAAUGGCUAUCAGCUAAAAGGCUCCACCUCCAUCACCUGCCAAAAUGCUACCACGCCAUACUGGAGUGGCAAAGAGCCUACGUGCCAAGCUGCUUGCGGGGGAACGUUGAGAAAUGCCACUCAGGGUCGGAUCAUCUCUCCCGGGUUUCCUGGAAACUACAGUAACAAUCUGACGUGUCACUGGGUACUGAAGGCCCCCAAGGGCCAUCGGCUCCACGUUCACUUUGAGAAAGUGGCACUGGCUGAGGACGAUGACAGGUUGUUGAUAAAGGAUGGUAGGGACAUUGAUUCUUCGCCCCUGUAUGACUCGUAUGCAUUGGAGUAUCUGCCCAAUGAAGGAGUGACCAGCAGUGGCAGAAAUCUGUUUGUGGAAUUCACCAGUGAUGAAUCGGGCACAUGCACCGGCGUAGCUAUAAGAUAUGAAGCGUUUGCAAAGGGCAGCUGUUAUGAGCCGUUUGUGAAGUAUGGAAAUUUCUCCACGAGUGAUCCCGCGUUUGGUGUCGGUUCUGUAGUUGAGUUCUCCUGUGAGCCAGGUUACACACUGGAGCGGGGCGCUGGUAUUUUAGAGUGCGUCAACCCGGACAAUCCCCAAUGGAACGAGACGGAACCGGCGUGCCGAGCUGUCUGCAGUGGAGAAAUAACCGAUUCGGCCGGAGUGGUGCUGUCUCCAAACUGGCCUGAAGCAUAUGACAAAGGUCAAGACUGUAUUUGGGGUCUGCACGUGGAUGAAGACAAGAGAUUCAUGCUGAAUGUCCAGGUUCUUCAUUUAGGAAUGAAUGACAUGCUGACGUUUUAUGAUGGGGAGGACCUGACGGCCAACAUCUUGGGCCAGUACAGUGGUUUACUUCCUCGAUUUAGUCUCUACACCUCCACAGCCGAUGUGACCAUCCAGUUUCAAUCUGAUCCAGCUUCUAACAUCUACGGCUACAACAACGGCUUUGUGGUGCAUUUCUUUGAAGUGCCACGUAACGACACCUGCGCAGAGCUUCCCGAAAUCCCCAAUGGCUGGAAGAGCACAUCUCAUCCUGACAUGACCCACGGAACCGUGAUCACCUACCAGUGCUACCCAGGGUUUCGUCUGCAGGGAUCGGAGAUCCUAAUGUGCCAGUGGGAUCUAACGUGGAGUGGAGACGUACCCAUCUGUGAGAAAAUUAUGUCAUGUGAGGAUCCAGGGCUGGUGCAGAACAGCCACAGAACUGUGACCGGUUCUCGUUUCACUGUGGGGUCUUCAGUGGAAUAUAUUUGUAAUAAAGGUUACUCGCUUUCUGGCCCUGGAGUGCUCACGUGCUACAGCCGAAAUACUGCAGACCCGAAGUGGAGUGAAAGACUGCCCAAAUGUGUUCCUGAACGAUACGAACCCUGCAGUAAUCCGGGCGCCCCGUCCACAGCUAUCCAGAGUUCAGAGAAAGCUUUUUUCCAGGCAGGAGAGUCUUUGAGUUUCACCUGCCGUGCAGGCUAUGAGCUCCGGGGUGAAUCCACCAUCCACUGUCUCCCUGGACAUCCAUCACAGUGGAGCAGUGUGCCCCCUAUGUGCAGAGCCUCAUCUGGAAUCAUAGAUGAACACAAACAAAAUGUAGCUGCUGGAGCAGAAUUUGGUGUGAAUAUUGCCAUCGCAGUUCUGAUUCCUGUCGCUGUGGUGCUAAUACUUCUCCUUGGCGUUUUCCUCUGCGUCUCGAUAACUCAAAGCAAGACCUUUCGACUUCCUGGCUCUUCUUCUCCACCUUACGACAACGUGACUGAAGAAUCUGCAUUUGACAACCCCGUUUAUGAGACAGGAGAUGCACGGCAAUAUGAGGUGUCUAUGUAGAGUCCAUUUGUCACACCUCGCCGAAUAGAUAACAUCUCAACUUUUCUUCAUUCUGCUGGACCACUGUACAGUUUCUCAAGAGGACUUUAGUCAGAACAUUGGAGGCAGAGGCCCAUCUUGUAGCCUUUUGUCUGGUAAAAAAAAACAAGACUUACACUUUGAAGUUGGACAAUAUCAUGAAGCACUAGAUUCUUGUUGGGCAAAUGUGAAAACGGUUUUCCCUCACAUGCAGCAAAACCCAUGGGACUCACUAGUGAUGAUGACAAACUCAUGUCUUUGUUGGAUUAUAACACACUGGUGUUAUUGCAUGGGAGGUUCUUUGCAGAAAUCUUUGUAAAUAAAGACUUUAGACAACAAAA